CCUACACAGCUUCGCUCUGUGUCUGGUAUUCCGUUUACAAACAAAUAAACCCGAAAACUAAAAGGAAAGGGAGGGACCCAUUUUUGGAAGUGCAGGUUCAAUCUCCGCAGUUGCAGGAACUGAAGAGAUGGCAAAAGCACCCCAGAUCGCCAUUGUUGGAGCUGGUAUCUUUGUCAGGACCCAGUACAUUCCUAGGCUCUCCGAGAUCUCCGACCUCGUAUCUCUCAAAGCCAUUUGGAGCCGUUCCGAGGAAUCUGCAAGAGGAGCGGUUGAAAUUGCUCAGAAGUUCUUUCCAGGAGUAGAAUGCAAAUGGGGUGAUAAGGGUUUCGAUGAGAUUGUUCAAGACAAUUCUAUACUUGGCGUUGCGGUGGUUUUAGCUGGCCAAGCUCAGGUUGAUUUUUCACUAAGGCUGCUCAAGGCAGGGAAGCAUGUCCUUCAAGAGAAACCGGCAGCAGCUUCUACAAGUGAACUGGAAGCUGCUCUGGCGGGCUAUAAUUCCAUUAGUGUCAAUGUCCCCAGUAAACCCAUUUGGGCUGUAGCAGAAAACUAUCGGUUUGAACCUGCUUUUGUUGAGAGCAAAAAGCUAGUAGCUGAAGUCGGAGAUAUGAUGAGCGUCCAAGUUAUUAUUGAAGGAUCAAUGAACAGUUCAAAUCCGUACUUCUCAAGCUCUUGGAGGCGCAAUUUUUCAGGUGGUUUCAUUCUUGAUAUGGGGGUGCAUUUUGUCGCAGGAAUGAGGAUGCUUGUCGGAUCUGAGGUAGUCUCAGUGUCAGCUGCUACAUCUCACGUGGACAAGACUUUACCUCCACCGGAUAACAUAUCCUCUCUUUUUCAAUUGGAGAAUGGAUGUUCUGGGGUUUUUGUGGUGGUUGUGUCCUCAAGCUCUCCCAAGAUACUCUGGAGGGUUGUUGGCUUGAAGGGCACACUACAAGUUGAGCGCGGAAAGCAUGAUGGUCAACAUGGGUACCUGGUUUCAUUUUAUGGUGCUGAUGGACAGAGCAAAAGCACAUUCUACAGAUUCAGUGGAGUAACUGAGGAAUUCAAAAGUUUUAUACAUGACAUUUCACAAGCCAGCGUGAAGGGGGGUGUCCAUGUAGCCGAGCCUCGUAUGUCUUUCGUGGAAGGUGCCCGAGAUGUUGCUGUUCUAGAGGCAAUGCUGGAAUCUGGAGCAAAGCAAGGUGCACCAGUUCAUGUAAAAAAGUUUUGAACUUUGAUAAUGGCUCUAUCUCUGGUCUAUAUAAUUGAUUUGUGGCGGCUAACAUGUUGGUUACAUUGCAUUUUGUGUUCAAUUUUUUGUAUCUAAAUAUGAAAUUAAAAUAAUGAAAAAGUAAAAAAUAAUCUAUUG